AUGCUGCUGCUGCUGCAAACCGUCCUCUGGACUUUUGUCCUUCUGGCAAAUUCGGUCUCGGAAACUGCAGCACAGGCCCGGUUCUCCUAUUCCGGGGAGUACGGCUCGGCUGUGGGGACCUCGUUCUCUUACUCUGGAGACCACAUCUGGGGGCCCAUCACGGCCUUCCGGGUCUGGGAACACCCCAGCAGCUUCAUCAAAGCCCUCCAGUUCCAAUUUGCUGGCACGUGGAGCAAGACGUACGGCUACGAGCAGGGCAACCAUCACGAGGUGACCCUGUUCCCGGGCGAGGAAAUCACGCAGAUCUCCGGGAAACACUCCACCUACGUCUUCCAGCUCAUCUUCUCCACCAACCACGGACGCACCUUCUUCUUCGGCCAGCCGGCCGGGGAGAGCUUCAACGCCGUCCCCCUGGAGCAGGGCAACGUCCUGGCCUUCGUCACCGGCCACCACAACGGGGUGGGCAUCACGGGCAUCGGGAUGCACUGGGACCACUCCAGCUCGCUGGCGUUAAAACCCUAUGCCCAGGUCCCAGAGGCGGGGAAUCCCUCUGGCUAAU